AUGGCUGAAGCGAAACGUUUAAGUGAAGCUCAAAAAUUAGUAGCCGAAGGUGAGAAAUGUUUAAAGACGAGUUUCUUCCAGUGGUCUCCCGACAACACUGCUGCUGCUCCAUGUUUUGAGAAGGCGGCUAAUAUCUUCCGAAGCUUACAGAAAUGGGAAGAUGCGGGUGACUGUUAUAGUCAAGCUGCUGCGUGUUAUGUUCGAGAGAAGAUACCUCUUCCUGCAGCACGACAAUAUGAAAAUGCGUAUGACCAAUACAUGAAAAUGUCGAAUUGGAAGUUGGCUGUGUUUUCUGCGGAAACAGCGAGUGAACUGUAUGUGGACACUAAUCAAGAAGAUCGAAUCCCACAAUGCUUAGUCAAGCUUGGAACGGCUUUGCAACACGUCGACGGCGUGAGAGCGAUGGCAACAUACAAGAAGGCACUCGAUACUUUUGUUGAGAUGAAGAAGACGAUGUUCGCUGGACAGACGUUCCAAGUUGCAACAUCGUUUGGUGUCGCUCAGAAACUAUACAACGAAACAGUCAACUUUUUGGACUCGGCUAUUAUCGCACACACUGCGAUGAAACAGGCACAUGAGGUCGCAAGAGACAGACUUUCACAAAUACUGAUUUACUUGUUUAGUGGCAAUGUUAAAGACGCUUCAGAACUUUUGGAUGACAAGUUGGACGACUUUGUAGGCGGCGACGAACAUUUGUUAGCAGCCAGAUUUUUGGAUUCGUACGAGACGGGUAAAGUGGAAGUAUUUGAGAAGUUGAAGACGGACGUGAGCUAUAGAUUCUUGAAUUCAGAAAUCGUCAAUUUGGGGAAUAACUUCCACAUCCCACAAAGCAUAAUUGAUUCAAUGGAACAAAAAGCGAAGAUGGAAAGUAAGAAAGCCCCGAUUGAGUUCAACGAUAUUGCAUUCAAAGAGAAAGAAGUCACAAAAACAUCAAACUACAAACAAUCCCAUAUCACAGAAGACCAAAUGAAAGCUUUGAAUUCAAUGACAUCAAUUUUAAGCCAAGGAAUGGUCGCAACGGGACAGUCAGUAGAGUCACAGAACAUCAAAGAUAUGGACGAAGACCAGAUGAAUGAACUGCUGUAA